AUGCUCCUUGGAAACCAAAAUGCUGUCAUCGAUCGCCCUAAACUAUACACCUUUCAUGGUGUCAUUAGCAGUACCCAGGGGUUCACCAUUGGUUCUUCUCCCUGGGACGAGUCUUGCAAGAAGAAACGCAAGGCGGCCGGAACUGCUCUUGGAAGGCCGGCCCUUAGGAACUAUUAUCCCAUGUUUGACCUCGAGAGUUACUGUAUCGUACGAGACUUGAAGAAAGACAGCCAAAACGGAGAACUUGAAGUUGACGUUCGGCCCUAUAUCCAGCGAUAUGCGCUGAACACUACUUUGACUCUUUGUUAUGGUAUUCGUAUGGAUGCUGUCUACGAUGAACUUCUCCGCGAAAUUCUUCAUGUUGGAUCAGCGAUCUCGCUUCUACGCAGCGCUUCUGAAAACUUACAGGACUACGUGCCAUUGUUGCGAUACAUUCCUAAUAACGAAAAGAAUGCACGUUCCAAGGAGCUUCGUGAUCGACGAGACUCGUACUUGAACCUACUUUUGGAUAAAGUUCGAGAUAUGAUUAAAAGGGGCGUCGACAAACCUUGUAUCUCGGCAGCGAUCCUGAAGGACGAGGAGAGCAAGCUUACCGGGGUCGAAGUAUCUUCAAUCUGCUUAUCAUUGGUCUCUGGCGGAUUUGAAACUAUUCCUGGAACACUAACGUCUUGUAUCGGUUCCCUGAGCACGAAGGAAGGGCAAGUCUGGCAGGACCGUGCCUAUGAGGACAUCAAGCGCUAUUAUCCGGACAUUCGUGAUGCUUGGACCAGCUCCUUUGUGGAUGAGAAGAUACCCUACAUCAAUGCAAUCAUCAAGGAGGCAGGACGGUAUUAUACCGUCAGCUCUAUGAGUCUGCCACGCAAGACGGUGACAGAAGUCAAUUGGAACGGUGCCAUCAUCCCACCAAAGACCAUGAUUCUGAUUAAUGCCCAGGCUGGAAACCACGGUAAGAUGGAGUGA